UGAACAGCAUCAUAAGUGACAUCAUCUGUUUCCCACAAGCUAAACUGAUGAGCAGACUAGAAACUCCUCAUUUUCUUGCAGUGGACCAUGUCGUGCUGCUGCUUGUGUGCUUUUCUGCUGGAGCUUGGUGCUAUCCCUCAGGUGCUGUUACAGGGAGCUGUAUUGACCUGAUGCCCAUUCAUGGAGCAUCUGCCCAGACCACAUCAGCACCCUUCAGUGUCACGGUGGACAGAAGCAGCUAUAAUGUUGGAGAUCAGGUCUCAGUUCAGCUCCAAGCUACAGGUGCCAGCCUUUUCAAAGGUUUCCUGCUGAAGGCCACAGAGGUGGGGAGCCAGACGGCCGUGGGCUCCUUCACCGUGUCAACGACAAGCGCUCAGCUUCUCACCUGCAGCCAGACAUCUAAAUCAGCUGUAUCCCAUACGUCAUCGGCUUCAAAGACCACAAUCCAGGUGACGUGGACACCCGAUGCAGCAGGAAGCGGGAAAUCUAUUCAGUUCUCCGCAACCUUUGUACAGUCCGAAAGGACAUUCUGGGUCGCCGUUAAGAGUUCAGUCCUGACCUUUGCUGGCAUUAGUACUGGAUCUGCUGGUGCCUCCACUGGUUCCACCACUGGUUCCUCCACAGGUUCCUCCACAGGUUCCUCUAACACCAUCUCCAGCGCAGAGUGUGGGGUCACCAAGAACUGCCUCAGUAAACCUUCCAGCUGUGAUCCUUCCACCGACGCAGGCUGUUACUUCAUGUCGGCCAUGAUGCUGUCUGCCAGCAGCAGCACCUGUUGCUACGAGAUGACGGGGCCGUCCAGCGGAUACAUCGCUUUUGGCUUCUCGGACGAUCAGGAAAUGGGAAACGAUGACAUUUACAUCUGUGGCUUAGACACUAACAGCCUGCCAACAUUGCAACGUGCUUUUUCAACGGGAAAAACAACCCCAACAAUGAAACCUCUGGGGGCUGUUUCAGACAUAACAGCGACGCUACAGAACGGGGUGAUUAGCUGUCGCUUCAUCACCACCAACACCAUAUCCACACAGAGAGCCAUCAGCUCCAACCAAACCUACUACAUCCUGUUCGCCUCUGGACCCAGUUCCAACGGACAGAUCCAGCUCCAUACAGAAACCUUUACCACCACUACCAAGGUGGACCUGAGCAUAGUCCAGGUUCUUGGCACAGCGACGGAGACGCCCGACAUAGUCAAAGCACACGGCGCUUUGAUGCUGAUCGCCUGGAUGACCACCGGGACAAUGGGGAUGAUCGUAGCUCGAUACAUGAAAGGAAUGUCCAAGGGACACAAGAUGUUUGACAAAGACAUGUGGUUUGUGGUCCACGUGCCACUGAUGUGUUUGACGGUAGCGGCCACCAUCAUCGCCUUCGUCAUCAUCUUUGUGUUCGCCCAGGGCUGGGCUGGGGGAGCUCAUCCUGUGUUAGGCUGCCUGGUUAUGAUCCUCUCUUUCCUCCAGCCCAUAUUCGCCUUUUUUCGUUGUGGACCAGAACAUUCCAUGAGGUAUCUGUUCAACUGGACCCAUUCUUUAAAUGCACUAGUGAUAAAAAUCCUCGCCGUGGCGGCCAUUUUCACCGGCCUGCAGCUGAUCGACGGCAGCGACAACCAGUGGAUGGUGAAGACGAUGAGCGGCUUCGCUGCCUGGGAGUGUUUGUUCUACGUCUUCAUGGAAGGACACCUGAGGUGGAAGAUUCGCAACACAGAUAUGACAGAAUCAAAAACGACAAAUUUUGACGGUCUGCUGGUCAGUGUGUUCUUCCUGGGAAACGUUGCAUUUCUAGUGGCCCUGCUGGUUGGAAUCGGGACAGCAACAGUGGUGCCAUAGAACCAGAACAUUUACAUUAAUAUAUACCAGGAACCUGCCAAAAUGGAUUUGUACCAUGUACAUGUAGCUGUGUAUGUGGUUACUAACAUCAAAAUGCCCCAGAUCCACUCACCACUGUAGUUUAGUUCAACUAUUCUCUUUAUUUUUUUGCUGCUGUGUCUCAGCAGAGGAGUGUUCACUGAUUGUGGAUUAGAAACUGGAUGCGUGUGUGUCUUCUGUUUACAACAGAAUGUGAAAUUAAAUUAAAUACAUCUGAUUUGAUUGGA